CCGCCUCCUCUGGAGUGGCCCCCCGCUUCCGCAACCAGCCGAUCGUCGGAGAAGGAGAAGGGGACGAUGGCCAACGGACUGCGCAGCGUCCAGAGGACGAUUGAAGCUUUCCGCCGCGGCAAUUACUCCGUGGAAAAAGACGGCCCCAACAGAUCUGAGGUGAUGGGUUACAUCCAUGGGUACUACAAGGAGGCGUUUGAUCGGCUCCCUUCCUCUCUGGAUCCGCUCGUCCACGAGGUUGGCUUCUGCUUCGGCUUCUUCGACCCCGUCUUCAACAUCAUCGCCAACACCGCUGCCCUUGGAGGCUCAUCAUCGUUGGUGGAGAAAGAGGCAAAGCGGGAGGGGAAGAGGAGGAGAUCAGAAAUCGGCACCAGCAGCAAGGGAAAGGGGAAGAAGGCCAGUAGGGGGAAGGAGAUCUGCGCCGAUGCCAACGUAAUUGCAGCGCGAUCGCUCAAGGGCCUCGUCACCUUCCUCACCACCUACUUCCUCUACCUUCCCACCUCGGAAGCCCUGCGCUAUCUGCGCCUGGCCAGGGCUGAUCUCCUCGUAGCCGUGCGCAUCAUCGAGGAGGAUCGCGACUCUGAAGCCUUCACCAUCCACCACCCUACAACCAAAAUUGCUCUGACUUGUGCUGCCCUCGCUGCAAUGCGUCACCACGACUCCGGAUCAGAUGAUCCCAAGGUCACCAGACUUGCGACUAGCUCUCUCACGCUGGCUUCCCGUUUGGACAUGGUCUCCCCCUUCCUGACGAUGCAAGGCUGCCAGUGCAUUAGUAUUGCCACUAUAAGUCAACUUUUCAAGUUAUCGUCGGAAGGCAGGCAUGAGACAGCAGACUCGGAUGGGGUCAUGCGGUAUGCCAUCCCAAGGUUUCCCUCCAGCAUAAAGAAGACGCCGUAUCCGUAUGACCUUGAACUAGCUCUGAUGAAGGUGCUUCAAGAUAGAAUCCAUGGGUUCUACCUCAAGGCAAUUUCCUGCAUCCCGGUGUCCUGCUUGCACUUGCGGCACCACCGGGGCCUCCUGAAGGCUGGCCACUGCUAUGGUCGGUUUGAUCCUGUCACCAACAUCAUCCUCCACACCAUCUAGUAUGACACCGUAUUCCCCCCACACAAAGAGUUUAAGGUGGACAUGAUCUACAAUGAGACCCUCGCCCGCACUGUGUGUCGCUCCCUCUAUGGCCUCAUCUCCUUUGUAACAAAGCUAUUCCCUGCGCUCUCCAAAUAUGAUGCUACAUGAUACCUUCUUUUGGACAAUGCGACACUUGAUUGUAUCAUCACGAGGACAAACCAGGAUGGCUACCAAAUAUCUGCCAAUCAACAUGGUGCUUACAUGGCUGCUGCUCGUGCUGCAAAUCACCCUAACCCUACAGCACUAGCAACCUUUGCAUCAGGGUCCAUGCAAGAAGGGUUAGAUUUGAAGUCAUUGCUUGAGGUUAAGCGUACCCUGUCCCCUGAUGAUGUUCGCACCAUCUCGACACAUUUGUUACAGUAUCCACGUAACAAGCCUGGGGGGCUGGUUCAGAAACUGACAAAGCAUGACUCCCAGAUUGUCUCUGCCAAAAGGAAGGAUUUUGAGGCGCACCAAAAUUCGAUUUACAGAUGUGUUCAAGCUGCAUUAAGUAAACAUACACAAG